AUGAAAGGAGAGACCAGCGCGUUUAACUUCGGCUCCAACAAGUGGCGCUACGGGUUCACCGCCUCCUGCCUGAGCGUGGGUACGCUGAUCUUGGUGGCAGGCUUCUUCUACGCUCGACGCUCCGUGUCCCGGGUCCUGUUGCUCCGGGGCAGCCAGGAGGUGACCUUCACGACCUAUUACCUCUUUGGCUUCACCUCAUCCUUCACGGUGCCCCUUCGUCACAUCUCUUGCAUGUCUCAUCGGUCCGAGGUGGCGGCCAUCAUCCCGGUCAAGAUCAAAGGACGGCCCUUUUAUUACUUGCUGGACAAGCAGGGAGAGAUCACCCACACCCCGCUUUUUGACAUCACCGUGGGUGCCUAUCGCGAAUGGUGAGGGCCGUGGCCAGGGGCCACGAGGCCAACGCUGUGCCCUGAGCCUGCUGGCAGAGAGAGGAGGAAAGGUGGCGGCAUUAAAACCCAGCGGGAACGGCGCUUUCCUGCAGAAGCUUUGGAACGAGGUCCACAGCCUCCCACUCUUGAAAUAAAAAAUCCUAAAUAUUGCGCAGGAAAGCAAAGACAGUUAAGAUGGCAAGAAGGGUGCCCUUUUAUUUGGACUGGACUCCAAGCUGAUACUGAGGAUUAAAAAUCUAGAAAGCACCA